CCGCUCGCUCGCUCGCGUAGUGGAAGCGAGUCGCCGUCAGUCGUCUACGCGAUUCCGCGGUGUCGCGGUGGCCAAAUGAUACCGUCUCGCGUGUAAAGUAGUGCUGCUGUCUGCAUCGAUCUCGCGAUUUCUCACCUCCCGCGGACGCGCGACGCGAACAUCCGGUCAGCCGCUGCUAAAAUGGCCGCGCGCUGAGAGAGCUUCCCGGGGUAUCAGGCUCUCUCUCUCUCUCUCUCUCUUUCUCUCUUUCGGCUUUGAUUCGGAUCUUCUUUAAAGCGGUGCUCGUUUCUUCUUUCUUGACGAUGGUGUCAGCGCGAAAACGCCUCGGAUAGAAUUUUCUGCGCGCGAAGGAAGGACGUGAGGAAGCGCGCGAAGCCGAAGCCAGAUCGGCCUCGCCGAAGCGAGCAGAACUGGACUCGCACAUGGGCAGGACGAAAGGGCUCAACAGCAGGUGCAUCCCGGGUGUGUGAAAAAAGAAAUCGCUGGUGGAAGACGCGGAAGCGUGUCGCGAAGGACGCCGUGCGUGUCACUUUUUUGCUAGAGAUUACUUCCUCCUUGCGAAAAACGGAAGGAUGUCGCGAAGAACGGGACGCCCGACGCUCCUCGCGUCGUUCGUGACGCUGCUGAUGACGUUGGUAACGAUGACGUCCUGGCGCACUGCCCACGCUCACGUGGCUCUGACGUUUCCACGUGCCAGGCACUACGAUCUGGACUUCUUGGACAAUGCUAGGACGCCGGCACCGUGCGGCAUGCCGCGUGGCCACGUCAAGACGUCGUUACUGGCAGGAAGCAAUUUCAACGUCACGUGGCACCUCGCCUAUCCUCACAGAGGAGGUUUUCGUCUUCAGAUCUUAGACUUUUACGACAGACCUCUGAUCGACUUGACGCCCAUUACGCGAAACAGCGAGUUUGUUGAGGAUGAUGCUACGGCACAGAGCUACGCCGUGCAGCUGCCUCAAGAUUUCACCUGCACGGACUGCACCAUCAGGCUGCUGCGGGAGGCCGAGGAAUGGGGCUCCAGCUACAGAUUUUGGUCGUGCGCCGACAUCGACAUCCGCGAUAGGAAGGACUACCGGGAGGACUGUAGCGGUCACGGACGUCACCUGUUAGGUAGAUGCAGGUGCGAUCGCCUUUAUCACGGCACGAGGUGCGAAUUUAAGGAGGAGUGCCUGGAAGACUCGGACUGCGGUAUUCAGGGCACGUGCAUCGACAAUGGUGGCACGACCGCGCCUACCAAGCAAUGCUACUGCAACGCUGGUUGGUUCGGUCCGGGUUGCGCGAAGAGAUCACCAGUGAAGAGCAUCGAUGUAAAUUUGGAAUCAUACACGAUGAAGCGGUUUUCCGACGAUGUCAUAUUUUAUUGGCGGAUUCUAAAGGAGAGUAAGGAGCUGGAGGGCAUUCUCGUGGCCAAUUCCACGACAUGGAUCGGUAUCGGAUGGAGGCCUAGCGAUCUUGGUCCAUCUUGUCGAUCCUUUCCCAUAAUCAAGGAUAUACCCGAACCACUUCCGCAGCCGGAACCAAAAUCGGAACCGGUCAACAAAACGUCUAAACACUCUAAACCGGAACCGGAGCCGAGAGCGGAACCAGAACCGGAACCGGAGCCGGAGCCCGGUGUGGAGGGCGAGAAAUCGAUAGCGAAGAGACGAUCAGCGAAGGCGGACGCCACGACUUUUGGCGUGACAUCGCGACCGGAUGUUGAUGUCACUGUGCAGACCAGCGUGACCUAUCAAGUCAGCACGAAACAAGGUCGCAAGAGGAGAUCUUCAAAAUCAGCUGCUAUCCCUGCGUUCGGGAAACAGGUCGGCGAGUCCAGCGCAGUCGCCGAGCCAGAACCUACCUCUGAGCCAGAACCAAAAUCCGAGCCUGAACCCAGCUCCGAGCCAGAGCCGAAAUCCGAGCCUGAACCCAGCUCUGAGCCAGAGCCGAAAUCCGAGCCUGAACCUAGCUCUGAGCCAGAACCAAAAUCCGAGCCUGAACCUAAUUCUGAGCCGGAACCAAAAUCCGAGCCGGAACCAAAAUCCGAGCCUGAACCCAGCUCCGAGUCGGAACCAAAUUCCGAGCCUGAACCUAGCUCCGAGCCGGAACCAAAAUCCGAGCCUGAACCUAGUUCCGAGCCAGAGCCAAAGUCCGAACCAGAACCUAGUUCUGAGCCGGAGCCGAAGUCCGAACCGGAGCCAAAAUCCGAGCCAGAACCCAGUUCUGAGCCAGAACCAAAAUCCGAGCCGGAACCUAGUCCCGAGUCGGAACCAAAGUCUGAACCGGAACCCAAAUCUGAGCCAGAACCCAGCUCGGAACCAGAGCCAAGCGUGGGUCCGAAGUCGGGAGCGACGAAAGCAUCGUUGCCGGCGCCGGGACACAAGUACACGCCCAAGCACGACUUCAACCCCAUGGACUGCACGGACAUCAUAAUCGGCACGGCGCGAGGCACAAGUUACAGGAUCGGCGAUUAUUACACGAGGGACAGGUCGACGCCGCGCAAGGACGCGUACUGGGACGGGAGGGACAGCCUGACGGCCGCGUUCGGUUACGAACGCGACGGCGUCACGACGAUGCUCUUCCGCAGGAAGUUGGCCGCGAACGAGCCGACCGAUCAUGAGAUCCGCGACGGCAAUAUGCAGGUGAUUUGGGCGAAAGGUCAAGAGCCGGGCAGAUACGUACACCAGCCGGCUAGCGGGAUCGAAAAGGCCAAGGUCAGCGUCAAAGACUUCUACAAGGUCGACGAGCUGAAAUAUCACGGCCAUGGAAUGCAGAGAGGCGCGGUCACCAUGAAUUUCUUCGAUGAAACUGAAAAGCCAGAAUUCGCCGGUGGUGUGGCGUCACAAGAUGGUACCUGCGGUGGCCAGUGGCGUUAUCCGAGAAAUUGCUCACCGGAAAAUGGCACUUGCGAAUAUGCCAUACAAUGGACGUACAAGGGUAAAAAGGAACUGAUAAAGUUCGUAAUCUCCACGACGAAUACCAAUAUGUGGACCGGAGUUGGAUUUUCCGACGACAGUAACAUGUCGCAGACCGAUGCCGUUCUCGGUUGGGUCGAUAAAACGAAUGGUCGAGCUUUCGUGAUGGACACCUGGAUCAGCGGCUACAACGCGCCGUUGUUGGAUUUGUCGCAGGACAUUACCAACAUCAGCGGCCGCAUCGAGAAUGGCGUAACCACCCUCGAGUUUACGAGAAAACGCGUAACGAAGGAUAGUAAGGAUCUCUCGUUUACGGACGAUCACUGCCUGUAUAUGAUGUUCCCGGUGAAGGGAGGCGUAUUCAAUCCGAUCAAUAAGAAGAUACGAAAACACGAUGCGAAACCGGUCGUAUCAUCAAACAGAAUAUGCAUCAAGUCUUGCGGACUGGAAGAAAUUGAAGACCAAACCACGCCCGCACCGCCGAGAUUGCAUUACGAUAUUGAAGUCAAGCUUGUUAACUUGGGUGACGGAUUUAUGGCCCCCACACCCGACAGUCCCGACUUCGAAGUGAUCUCGAACAGGAUAUCUGAGAGCUUCGGACCGGUCUUCGAGAAGCUCCCUGGCUACUAUCAAGUCCGGCUGGACGAGUUACGCAAAGAUAACGAACAAGGAGUGAUCGCGCGCAUGAACCUGAUCGUCGACAAGAAUGAGGUCAAGGGCAGAUCGUUGAAACCCGCGGAUACUGGCUUAGAGGCGGAAAAAGCGUUGCGCGAGGCCCUUGUGACCGGCAAAGUUGGAGCACUCAGCGUCGAUCCGCAAUAUUUAAUAGUGAGAGCACCUCGAGUGAACGACAUAGAUACGGAAGACGAGAACGAUCGACGACCCUCUGCGACGGACUUGUUCCUGAGUGCAACAAAGCUUUAUAUCGUCGUCGGUUGUGUAGCAGCAUUGCUGGCCCUCGCUCUACUUCAGGCCAGUUGCACUCUCUACAGGAGUUCGAAGAGACGAGCGACCAAGGAACGUUUGAUCGCCAGUAAUGCCUGGAAGGAUUACGCUUCCGGCGCAAACACGAACUUCGCGUUUGAGGCGUUUGAGACGGAGGAGAAGGCGCCACCGCCACCGAUUUCCAGCCUGCCAAGAGCCAGGGAGAUAACCGGCAACGGUAUGAUUGGCAUAAACGGUACCGACGCGGUCGAGGGACCCAACAGGAUGGUCGGACCCAGAGCGACCUACAGUCUCCCACGAGCACCCGGUGCCAGACACUCGGCACCUAUCCAGCAUGGUUACUACACGCAAGAUCGCAGGGAUCAUUACGGGCGUCCCAAGAGCAUGCACAAUCCGGGGGGCGCGGCAGCCCAGGCAAACCAGCCGGAUUUCUACUUUAUGCCCAGCCAACGAAAAUAUAGCGGCGAGGUCGUGCGCGUUUACGUGGAUUAUGGCAAUCAGAUGCCGAAAUAAACAAGAGUUCAGGUCGAAUCGCGAAGAACAAUUUAUCCGCUUCAUCGAAGCAAUCUGUACAUAUCCGAGUUUUACCGUAGUGACAGAGGACGCGAAGAAAAGACUACGCAGCCCCUGUGCGGUGCUACUUUAUCUUUGUUUCUUCUUUCUAUUUUCCUGUGACUUCCCUUCCCCGAGGACCUGGAAACACGCUGGGUUUGACGUAUGGGAAGGGAAGUCGCUUCGUACGGAAGCAUAGAAGUGGCGCUUACGACCAAAGAAGAUAUCCAUGGGGCGCGCACGCCCUAUAGUUCUGUACAGAGCGCAUGAACUCUCGUCAAACUUUUGUGCUUUUGCGAUGGAGAAACCGUAUAAUUAUAUAAGUAAGUCUUAUGUGUAGUAGCCGAGAAUCUGACAGGAUCCCUGGGUCCGAAAUACGAAUCUUACGAUCUAGUAAUAUGUAUUCGAAGAUUCAAGAAAGAUCCAGGGGCCAUAUAGCUUAAUAUCAAGAAAAUAAGACUCGAAGGACCCACGGAUCCAAGAAUGACAGGAUUCAAUAGGAUCCUGAAAUUCAAGAAUUCGAAGACCCAUAAAAAAACAUGUACCUAAGUUUAUCUCAACAAAUAAGCGUCUAUUUAUAUCGCGCAACAGAAUAUCGACAUGCUCAAUGGAUGCAUCUAUAUUACCUACUCUAUAGAGCAAGCGCGGACGCGUGUUUGAGCAAUAAAACAUUUGUACAUUUUUAAACAAAA